AUGGAGCUUAUCUUUGGAUCGCGUGAGCUUUUGCCGAAGCUACAAGCCAGUGCUUUGCUGCCCAUGCCUGUCUCCUUGGAAGCAGCUGACUCAACAGUUUCCCGAGCUGCUAAACGCGUCAAGGUGGUGCCAGCGGAUCAACUGUUUCGCAAAGCUGUCAAUUUUAAGCUGCGUGAGUCAGAUGAACAGAAAGAGGACAGAUGUUGGGAGCGAGCAAUCGAAAGGUGGCUGGUGAUCAUCGCCGAGACUCCUUCGGCGUCUUUGAUAGGGGCCACUCUGCCUUUGCGUGAUGUGCAGCAAUGCAUGUCAGUGGUUCGUGAGCUCUUUGGCAAAAAGGCGGUUGGCACCGUACUCAAGAGAGCUAACGACCUUCUGAAGUUCUUUGCUUGGUGUCGACAGACGCAUCCCUUUCGAUCGCCUACUCCGUUUGAGGGAGCCAUCGUAGAUGAGUAUCUCAGGCAUCUGCGUGACACAGGCAAACGCGUGGGGGCUCUUCGUGGAUUCGCAGAAGCUAUCAACUUCAGCAUGCAUGUUGUGGGUCUCAGUGCAACUCUGGAUCGGCCGGUCUGGAGCCCUUGGGCGAAGGGGCUCCUCAGUUUCAUGGAUCUGCAAAGGCCAUCUAAGAUGUCUAAGAUCGCAUUGACGGUGGCCAUGGUAAAGUGGCUUGAGGACUUUCUGGUCAGUGAGGACAACGGCCUGUGCGACAGGUAUGCGGCAGGCUCGUGUCUCUUCGCUGUCUUUAGUCGCAGCCGGGCCAGCGACCUUAAGGUUUGCGAAAACUGGGACCUCGAUUUUGAGGACAUCAAGACGUCAGGAAAAGGGUUUGUCGAAUGCACCACGCGGAACCACAAGACCUCCAAGCAGAUGGCGCAACAGGCUAUCCCCAUGCCCUUGGUUGCCCCGGCCGUUGGUCUCGGCCCUAUUGCCUGGGGGCCAGUCUGGGCAAAGGUCUUACCUGCCCCGACCGUGGAUGGUGGCUGGAUGAACCGGGCGGUUACCUCCGAAGAACUCUCCGCUUGGCUUAGAGGGAUCCUUGAGAAAGGGGGCUUUGAUGUGUCCAACAUUUCUUCUCACAGCCUGAAGCACACCACGCUGCAGUGGGCGGCGAAGUGGGGCAUGGACAAGUACAUACGUACUUUGCUGGGGCAUCACAGCACCGGCGGGAAAAGUUUGGACACAUAUGCCCGCGACGUCUUGGCCCCUGCUCUGCUUGAGUAUGAGGAGAUGCUACGUCAGGUCCGCAUUGGAUCCUUCGCCCCAGAUGUUUCCCGGUCAGGACGCUUUGUGAAGUCCUCGGGAGUGGCUGAGGGCAAUCCUGGACAGUCCGAAAUGCCGGCGCCAGCAGACACCCGCAUGACUGAGAGUUCGGUGCAUGGAGUGGUGGCUGAAGCCUCGGACCACAUUGAGGCUCCCAGUGAUCUUGAUCUUGCAUCUUAUCAGGACCUACCCGAGGGGUCCGAUUGGGAUGAGGAAGGCCGGGAUGAAUCGCGGGCCAUGGAGCCCAACAACAUUUCGGCUGAGGCGUCGCAGCCUGACAACGAGGGAGAAGGCAGCGACCCUUCAUCCUCAUCGUCCAGCGAGGAUGAUUGA